AAGCAUCAACAAGUGGGAGGAGGCGACGACGGGGAAGGGAUCCAAAGAAUCGCCCCUGGAGUAAAUCUCUGGCAAUCUGAUUAGUGUGUGACACACUCACUACAACUUCAACUGUGGACACAACAACAAAAGCGACUCCCGUUGUUGAGCGAAGGAGCCAGGACAGAACGCUAGGAUGCUUCUCCCCCUUCCUGACGCGUCCCUGCUGGAGUGUUUGAGGCCCCAGUGAGGAUGGAGAUGAUGGCGCCUCCACCCUCUCUAUCCUCCCUCCUGCUGCUCCUCUCCCUGCUCCUGCGGCCCUCCUCCUGCGCUCCGGGCUCAGACUUACACGACUUCUCCGCCGCGCACCCGCGCUUCGUGUGCACCCCUAUUCCGAUCAACGCGGACCCCUCCUGCUUCCCCGCGGGGGAUGUGGGCGGGGGAGCCCAUCAAAGCCCGCCCCCUUCCGCGGGAUGGUGGGGAGCCAGCGAGGAGGCCAAAGCCACCAUCCUCCACCUCAGGGAGAGUCUGGUUCGCCAGAAGGAGACCAUCCUGGACCAGAGGGAGACCAUCAGGGAGCUGACGGCCAAGCUGGCCUUGUGCGAGGGCUUCGGGGGGGCUUCUCUCGAGGAACACUCCUCGGAUCACGCCUACCACGACUACGGUCACCUCGUGCCCGACUCGCCGUCGCCGCACGCGCCCUCGGAUGGAGCCCGGCACCAGGAGAAGGAAGCCAAACAGGAGGCCUCGGCGGACGGGACGUCCUCGCCGGAGCAGAUGGAGAGGAUGCUGCAGGCGCUCAAGGACAGGCUGGCCAACCUGCAGAAGAGGAACUCGUCGCUCACCUCCUCCAGCUCUCUCAGGCAGCUCCUUCAGAGGAAGAUCCACGCUUUGGAGGAGCAGCUGCACCAGAGUACCGCCGUCGCCCUCGGCGACCUCAACGACCUCGGCGACCUCGGCGACCAGGACAUCCACCACCGUGCAGACAACCAUCAUGCCGACGACCACGGUGUCGGAAGCAACCACACCGGAGAAGACUUUGACCAGCACAGCGACGGCCGCCAUGAUGGAGACGAUGAAGAUUCUGAUGAUGGUCACCAUGGCAACGAAGCAGACAGUCACGCUUACAUGGCGCACACAGGAUACAGGGAAGCAUCGCCGCACAACAAACUGGACAACAUGCUCCACCAGCUUCACCUGGCAGCAGUUCCAAAGAGCGCGGAGGCCUUCCAGAUCAGCUUCCCCAUGAGGACCAACCACAUGUACGGACGCGUGAAGAGGACGCUCCUGCAGGAGAUCUUCGCUCUGACCUUGUGUCUGUGGAUCAAGACGGGCGUCGGGCCCGCAAUGGGGACGCCCUUUUCCUACUCUGCGCCAGGACAGCCCAACGAACUGUUGCUGAUCGAGUGGGGGGGGAACCCCAUAGAGCUGCUGAUCGAUGACAAGGCGGUGUCUCUGCCGCUGUCCCUCAGUGACGCCAAGUGGCACCACGUGUGCGUGACCUGGUCCACGCGGGAUGGACACUGGGAGGCCUACCAAGACGGGGUCCAGCGGGGGUCCGGGAUCAACCUGGCACCUUGGCAUGCCAUCAAAUCCGGAGGGGUGUUCAUCCUGGGACAGGAACAGGACACCCUGGGAGGUCGCUUCGACGCCACCCAGUCCUUCGUGGGAGAGAUGGCGGACGUGCAGAUGUGGUCUCACGUGCUGAGCGGCGCCGACAUCCACGACCUGGCUUCGUGCGGCGGCCACCAGGCAGGCGACGUCAUCUCCUGGUCCGAGUCGGAGGUGGAGCUCCACGGAGGCGUGGUCAGGCGCCCGCAGGAGCCCUGUCACUCAAAGACUUGACGGCUGUUUGGAGGGAAGACCAUGCCUCCAAAUCAGAAAGGAUGCCUUUGCUUUCAAGUAGGAGUGCUCUCAUUGGACAAUAUUAGAGUAGGCGUGUUUUCUUAACAUUUGUACGGAUUUCUACUGAAUAAAUACAGCUAAAUGACCAAAGACACUACAGACGUUUUGUUAGACUUUACAUGUUUGUUUAGUCCUGUAGGCUUUAUUCGGACAUGUACAGGUUUUGUGCUGUUACAUUUUUCGGACCAGAAAUCCUAGCCGUGUUUGUAGCCCAUUUUCAACUCAUUGGCGCCUCGGUUAAUGUCCGCCCCGGUUAUAUUAUAAAUAUUCUUACGAUAUUACAGCAACAUUGUGAUAAAAAUGCAACGUUGCCAUGAAGCGUCGCCUUAUUCACAUCGCUUCAUUCGCCAAGGAAAAAAAGGCGCCAAGAUGACCAAUUUCAAAUCCUCUCCCGAAUGUGGCGCUAAUUGAAAACUGAUUUCCUAGUGUGAGAGGGGGGCGUUUGCGCAAUUCUGCCUCGGUUCGCAUGCAUUUUCCGGUUAGCGUACAAUAGGGCACUUUCUGGUCGUGUUAUUAAGACAUUGUGUGAGUCCAACAGCGUGUAGGUGUGUAUACAGUACCACAAAACGUCCUUCCUUGUUAGCAUCCAAUUUCCUCGCUAAACAAAAUGGCAACCGGAAGCACACGUCGUGUCGCUCGUCUAUGAUGUAAUCAGCGGGUGACUCAAAAAUAAAAUGAAAAAAACAGAAAUAGGGGAAGAAAUGAAUGACGCAAAUCGGACAGCUCCUAUAUGUGUAAUUAUGUCGAGCGUUAAAAGUAAUUUAGUAAUUACAAUAACAAACAUUAAACGUCAGCUAGCUAAGGCUACCCAUUGUAAAUGAAUGCAAGUCUAUGUACUUCGUUUCUUAAAGCGCCUUUUGACAAAUAAAUUUAAGUCAAUUCCUCUCGUUUAUACAUCUCCACACGCACUAACAGUCAGGCACAAAAAACAAUCUACAAUUGUCCAAAAGCCAAAUCAUUGUUUUAAUAUUCGUUUACAUUGCCUUGACCCACCCAAUAUGGCGGCGACGUCGACGUACGGCUCUGUGCUAGAUGAGGAGUCUGUUUAUGUUUAUGGUUUUUACCGCCACCUAGUGGUUAUGUAAAAGAAAAUGGGGUAAAGUAGUUUUAUAACAGCAUGUAAAUAGAAAUUGUGUGACGUUCUUUCCAUUUUUGUGUGAUUUAAGUGCAUGAACGAACAGUCAAAUAAUCAGCUUUUGUUUUUUAUUGUUACACAGUAGUUUACUGGCACCGAUGUGUUUUGUGGUUUUCACCGUUUUGCUACAUUUACAGAUGAUCUUGUACCCAUGGUCACCUGACAGUAAAUAAAUAAAUAGAAAAUAAACACUUGUCUUCUGUGAAAGAGGUGGCUCAGUCA